ACAUUCUAAAGUGUACAGAAAAAACAAGAUUUUCCAUGAAACAUUCAGAACGCUAAGUUACAGGGUUUGCAAACUUACAAUAUGCAAACUUAUCAGCAAUACUUUGAAGGGUAAUAUUUUCAUUUCGAAAAAAAAACAUUUAAAAAAGUGUUUUGUUUUCUUUAGUAAAUAUCGUUUCACGCGUGACCUUUGACUGUUUUGAUUUUUAAAAGUUCCACGUAAUUUUUCCACUCGGACUAUCUCGCUUAAAUUUCUUUCAUAUAUUCUUCAUUCCUCACUAUUAUUAUUUCAACUUGACAACAAGUCCGAGAUAAAUAAUCUACAUCCUCAUGCAUCAUGUCGAAGAACAACUCCACUGCAAACGCUACUGAUCAUAAUGUUGAAACUUGCACCGGGGACAUCUGCAAUGGGUUCGGAGAAUGCAGAGUCCUGAAUCCCGGAAUGCUGAUUGAAAGAUUCGAGUGCAUGUGUGAUCUCUGGCACACUGGACAACUAUGCCAGUAUGAUGUUCCCUUACCAAUUGCGAUCACUAUCACCACUACAUUGUUCACCUGGCUCAUUUUGUUCUUCUUUUGGUACUCUUCGCGUCGUUUUGAGAAGAAGAAGAUUCACUUUCCAAGUAGACGACGCCGUUUUGUGGAUUAUCUCAUUAAUGCACAGCGAUCGGAAAAAUUGGAACUAAAUUCUCAACAACAACUUGGAAAUAGACACUCGGGAUCUAGCGAGUUGGUCAAGUCGGAAAGUCGGAAGAAAGCCAAAAGUUCUAACCAGAAAGAAAAAGUCAAGCCAGAGAAAAGAGGAAGAGCAACAGCAACCACUGGUGCCGGACCAACUAUAGAUCAGAGCUUGAAGGGCCCCACAGGAACUACUAUGGCAUCUGAAAGAGGAAUGACAAUGACUCAGACAAUCCAAAAAGAAAAAUCAAUUAAAAAGAAGAAAUCGGAAAAAGAUGAAAGAAAGAGAGCAAAAGAAGUGGGAAAUGAAGAAGCUGCAGCUGACAAUCAGACGGUUACUCAAGGAAAUGAUACGACAACUACACAAGGACCAUCUUCCAUGUUUCCUGCCGAUUUAUCCAAGAAACACAGAUUGGGAUUGCAAAAAGUUAAGGAGCGUGCAGUGGAAGUGCCUGAAAAGAAGAAAACUAAAAAUAACGAGUGAAAUAAGUUUUGUGAUAUCAAUUGUCUCGAUAAAUCAUUUUUGUGUAGAAUACCCUAUUAGUUUUAAAUAAAUUAGUUUUAUGAAUU